CUGCUCCCGCUGCCGUGCCCGCCGCCGCUGGAUGCGCGCAGCCCGGCGCCGGGAGCCGAGCGCUGCCCGCGGCUCGGCGGGGCCGGGGGGACGCGGAGGAUGCGCGGCUCGGGCAGGAUGCGGGGAUCGCUCCUACGCGUCGCCGUGCCGCUGCUCGGCUGCCUCCUGACCGCGGCGUCCAGCACGCGGCCGGAGUGCAGCAUCAUGCAGGAGAUCGAGGAGGAGCGCAGCCAGUGCUUGGCAGAGCUGACCUGGGACAACCAGACCUCAGGCUGCAGGAGGCAGUGGGACAACAUCACCUGCUGGCCUGAAGCAGAGGUGGGAGAAGUCGUGGUACGGCCAUGCCCCAAGUACUUCAGAUUCCUGACCUCCUUCCUGGGGAACGUGACCAGGAAUUGUACAAGUCAGGGAUGGUCAGAUGUGUACCCUGCACCCUACGCUGUGGCUUGUGGAUAUGAUUCCAACAGCACUCCAGUGGAAGAGCAAACGGCGUUCUAUGGAACGGUCAAGACCGGCUACACCAUCGGACACACCUUGUCCCUCAUUGCCCUCACGGCUGCCAUGAUCAUUCUGUGUCUCUUCAGGAAACUUCACUGCACUCGGAAUUACAUCCACAUGCAUCUCUUCAUGUCCUUCAUCAUGAGAGCCAUCGCGGUGUUCGUGAAGGACGUSAUCCUGUUUGAAAGCGGGGAGUCCGAGCACUGCUUUGUGAGCUCAGUUGGCUGCAAGGCCAUGAUGGUUUUCUUCCARUACUGUGUCAUGGCCAACUUCUUCUGGCUGCUGGUGGAAGGGCUGUACCUCCACACCCUGCUGGUCAUCUCCUUCUUCUCGGAGAGGAAAUAUUUCUGGUGGUACAUCCUGAUCGGCUGGGGAGCCCCCUCUGUGUUCAUCACUGCCUGGACUAUUGUCAGGAUUUAUUUUUUCGACGUUGGGUGCUGGGAGGAAAUAGUGGAAUCCCCAUUCUGGUGGAUCAUUAAAACUCCUAUUUUGGUGUCUAUUUUGGUGAACUUCAUCCUCUUCAUCUGCAUCAUCCGAAUCUUAGUCCAGAAGCUGCAUUCCCCAGAUGUUGGGCACAAUGAAACCAGCCAAUACUCGAGGCUGGCCAAGUCCACUCUGCUGCUGAUCCCUCUCUUUGGCAUCCACUACAUCAUGUUUGCUUUCUUCCCUGACAAUUUCAAAGCAGAAGUGAAGCUGGUCUUUGAGCUCGUGGUUGGCUCGUUCCAGGGAUUUGUGGUGGCUGUCCUGUACUGCUUUCUCAACGGAGAGGUCCAAGCAGAGCUCAAGAGGAAGUGGCGGAGGUGGCACCUGGAGCGGUUCCUGGGCUCGGACAUGAAGUACCACCACCCUUCCCUGGGCAGCAACGGCACCAACUUCAGCACGCARAUCUCCAUGCUGACCAAGUGCUCGCCAAAGACGCGCCGCUGCUCCGGCUUCCAGGCCGAGUUCUCUCUGGUGUGAYGGGGACAGGCUCCCCAGGCACUGAGCACCCACAGAGGAGAGGCACGAGGAUCCCUGGGAAUGUGUGAUGACAAAUCCCUGUGAAAUGACCUGCUCCACGUGAGCCAACAGAGGACACGUGACUGGAAAUGCCGCUGGCAUCCGGGAUGACACCAGACAAGCCGAGAGGCAGAGAAAAACAUUUCCUCUCCCUCUUUUCAGACCUUUCAUUCUUCAGUUUCAAGCCCUCGGGGGUUGAUAACUCCGAGAAAAGGUCCCAGUUGCUCCCAGUCCCACCUGGGAGGUGCUGAUGUAUCAUAAAUUAUGAAGUACAGAGGGUAAGGGAGGGGAGAGUCUCAGUCCUCAGUGGCUUUACCAGAACUGGCAUCUCCGAAACAGAAAAAUUGCACUUUUUAAAAAAAAUAAAAAUAAAUGAGCCAGUAAAGGAGAGACAGAGACAGGAAGCAGGAGGAAAAAAAAAAUGCCAAACAUAUGAAUGUGCCGAAAUUCCUGUGGAUAAGAGGUGAUGAUACRGCACCAAAGAUGGUGUUGGGGACAUGGGGAGAAGGGACAAGAGGAACAUGAGCAGGAGGGGAGAGACCAGCACACAGCCCCUGCAUUCUGCACAGCUGGAGACAAAACUACAGCACCAGGAAAGGCCCUCAGGGGAUGCCCCAGUGUGUUCUGUUGAUUCCCCACCCUCCCUGACAGCAGAAGCUUUCCAGGCACCCUUGGGUACGCCCUGGAAGAGCAGAUCCCUGAGAAGGACCAGCAUGAGGACGCCCUUCUGUGCACUGUGCCUGUGACACAGUGUUUGGAUUGGUUGUUCCAUGAMCAGGAAACUUGAUUUGCAUGUAUAAAGACCAGCUCCAAAUGCCAAAAGCGGAGCAAGACUGUGUUUUUUCAUUCUGCUCAAGCUCUCCCACAGAUCUUGGUGUGUUGAUGUGCCCAGGAUCGUUAGGGAUCAGGGGGAAAAUAAUUGGGCUGUAAUUCAUUUGCACUUGCUUAGCACACACUGCCAGGAAAGGGAGAUAUAGGGCCCUGAAACCCUUAAUUGGAUCAAAGCUGCCAUAAGGAGCCGCUGUMCUGAUGACAAAAAUUAGCGGCACAGCGGCAGGUGAAAUUGCUCUCAUCAGAACAAGGUUGUCUCAGCACAAAACAGGMGCUCCAGGAGAGAGGAGGAGUGAAGGAGCUAUUAAAUCCAUUUCUUCUUCAGAUUUUGUGGGGAGAUUUCAUCCUGUAUGAAGGCAUUGCUAGAUCUUGAAGAUGUGUGUGAGUGCAUUUUACAUCUUUCCUUCUAGGGGCAAUUCCUACUCAAAGAGUGCCCAUGGAUCCCAUUAAAACCAAGGGAAUAGUUGAGUUAAUUCUGGUUUUCAUGGUGGAGAGGCAAAGGAGAGAUAUCUCACUUGAAACAACCCCACAGCUCCAAACUCAGUCAGAAGACAGAAARCACGCAGAUACAGAUAUUCACGUUUGUGUCCCACACAACUGCAUCAAGUGGGGUUGAAAAAAUUUCCUGCUGAGGGUGGGAAAUCCCUGCCCAGCUCACAUGUACAAUCAGUAACUGGGCUGCUGUUAUCCUACUAAAACAUGCCCUUGAGAAGGAGUGUCACAAACACAGGCACCUGCAGAGGCAGGUGGGCUCCUCCCUCAGAGAUCUCACCUUUCCCACUUUUAUUUCUCCACAGUGAAAUGCAGAUCAUUGGACGGAGGCACCUGCAGCUUGGUGGGUUUGGGGGCUGUUCUGAUCACUUCUUGUCUCCCCUUAAACACCUGUGACACCAAAAAAACACGCUGAGCCCAGGAGGGGAAUUGCAGAUCUUGCAGAUCAGGACAUCCAGCUCCUUUCUGAGUCCUGCCAGGGYAGUGUUCCAUGCCACAGGCAUUCCCAGAGCCUGUUAUCAGCUGAGCUGGAUGUUUCUGAAGUAUUUCUCCACAAAUGGGACUGAGAACAGUGUGGGGGSCUGGAGUGAGUGAGGGGUGUGAGAAACUCUGAUACACCUGGGGGAAACUUGCAGUCCUGGGUUUUCAGGGAGCCUGCUCAGAUCCUGUAGCCAUGGCUACCCAGCUGCAGAUCCCAGGAAGAUAGGAACAUGUGAAAAUUCCUGGAAUUGUAGUGCUGGUGAUCCUGGGCUGGCCAGGAGUGAGCCAGCUUUGUCAGGGCCCCAUUACACUGASCCCAUGUCAGCAGCGAGGAUCCAACAGUUAUCAGAUCAAAAUGCUCUCUUAGCAGCUCCCUGGUUCUCAAAAUGCAGGGAAAAGCAAGAGGAUACUUCAAAUUUCCCCAUUUUUC